CGCCUCGUUAAUCUCCCCACGCGCCGGCCGCAUAAAGAUGCUGGUCCCUCGCUCACGAGGCAGUCAAACUUCGUGUCGGUGAAAAUUUGUCCCAACUUAUCCCCAUUCUCGGCCCUUCCUGGUUUGUUCCAUGCUUCUGUACCUCAGGACAACGUUGGCAGGCCCCUGGCGAGGUUGAGGUUGAGGUCGUGUGUGGGCAAUUCCGUCUUGAGUCUCGACUAAGACUUUGGCUGUGUUCAAGCGCGACAAGAGGCCUUGUUGCAAUGGCCUGGAACUACCACUUCAUCGACCUUUCCGAGGACGAGAAGUACGCCCGGCGCCAAUCGCUCAAUAGAUACGCCCUCUACGCCCAGCUCUCGGCAGUCGUCCCUGUCAUUCUCAUCUUACUGCACCGUAUAGCCAAAUGGGCAGCUGAAUCGAGGGAGUCCCGCAAGGGCGACUAUGCUGCGGUACCGAGUUCGCCGGUUCGGAAGCUCAGGCGUCAGAGCAGCUUGGGAACCUGGGGCUCUUUGUUUCAGAGGGCAGGCUGGUGGCUGGGCGAGGAUGUGGUGAUGGCUGGGAAAGUAUGGGGCCAGCGGGACCAGUGGGCUGUCGGAAUCUUGUGGGCCGCGUGGCUUCUGAUACUCUGUGUGCUAGAGACCGAGGAAGACUACUUGCACCUUACAAAACGGUUCGGCGCCGUUGCCGUAUCCCAGUAUCCCCUCCAGUACCUCUUGACGCUCAAGUCCCUGAACCCGGUCGCCUACCUCCUCCGCUCCUCCCAUGAGCAGGUUAACCGCUGGCACCGAGUGCUAGCCCGCGUUACUACCUUCCUAGUAUGUCUCCAUAUGGCCUUCUAUCUUAACUUCUUUGUCCAGAGGGACCGUCUGGAUCGACUAGGAGACCCAGUCGUCUUCGCUGGCAUCAUGGCCUUCCUGAGCCUGAAUCUCCUGCUCACGACAGCUUUACGUCCGAUGCGGCGGUUUUCAUACCGACUGUUCUUCCUUGUUCACGUAAUCGUCGGAAUCAUGAUGCCCCUCAUGAUCAUUACCCACGCACCUCACUCUAGAGCUUUCAUGAUCGAGGCUCUGGUUAUGUUCUUCGUCGAUCUAGCCUCGCGUAAACUGGAUACAGUAACCGGACAGGCGACCGUGGAAUCUAUUCCUGGGACGAAUCUUAUCAAGAUCUCUGCUAGCAUCCCUUAUUCCAAGGUCAACCGAUUCCGUGGGCAUCCGGGGUCUCACAUCUACCUCAGUAUCCCGGCUGCGGCCCGCAAGUUCGCCAGUCCUACCUCCAUCUCGCAUCUGCUAUUUGAAUUCCUCUUCAACCCUUUCACGGUAGCUGCCGUGGAUGACGAAUCCGGAAAUCUCACAUUGGUCGCCCGCCACAGCGGCGGCCCUAUGACAGCGGCUCUGGGACGACUUGCACGCGCAGCACAGCCCAACGAUAUGGGCAGAACGGACGAAAGCAAGAUCCCGCUGUCCAUCGAGGGCCCGUACGGAGCAGCGGCUCGCUUCCCUAAUCUGGGUGCCGAUUUUGACCGAGUCCUUCUCGUCGCCGGUGGCGUGGGUGCGACCUUCAUAAUACCCCUGUACCGCUCCAUCGUCAGUGAAAACCCCGGUGCGAGGGUGGAGAUGGUCUGGGCGAUCCGGGAGGCAGGCGAGGCAACGUGGGCCGUCACGGGCAAGGAAGCGCAGGCUCUACUGAAAGACGACCACGUCCAUCUUUUCCUUACCGGGCAUGUGGCUGGCUCCGGGAGUCCAUCUACUGGUCAUCCAGCGGACGGCGUUCUCGGAGUCGGAGGUACAGGGGACAGUAGCGAAGGAGAAGUAGAAUUGGCUGCCAUGUACCGGGACCGCCGAGCAAACCGGUAUACAUCGCAGCACAACAGGAAACGGCCCGACCUGAAGAAAAUCGUCGACGACAUAUUCAAGCACGGGCUCGAGGAGCGGGUCGCGGUGGUCGUCUGCGGUCCUAAUGAAAUGGCCCGAGAGCUAAGAGAGCAUGUUGGCUUCUGGGUCCGGAAGGGUCGGCCGGUCUGGUGGCAUAAGGAGGGAUUUGGAUUUUAAGAUCGCGAAGGACAUAGAACCACCAAAACUAUCACAUCGAGCCCCAAUAAUACAGUGAUAAACA